AUGUCUGCAGCAACACCAACUCCUUUAUCUUAUUCUACACCACCACCUAAAGAUCAAAGUAUAAUUGACGAAGAACCAUAUCUUUAUUUGAUUAUAUUUCUAAUGGUUAUAGUGUUCUUUAGUGGUAUAUGUUGGAUAUUUUGUUGUGGGACUUGUGUAGGUCAAGAUUUAUUGAAAUUAAUGGGGCUAAGGAGAUUUUUACCCGAUGAUGUAAAUAGUUUUAGGAUUAACAGCGAAGAUGAAGAUGACAUUAUUGUAAUUGAAUAA